UUUUUACCAUUGCUUCAGUAUUUAAUCAGCCUUUAAUUGCGAUUGUUUCAGAAAAGUUGUAGUUUGUUUAUGUUUGUGGAAUAGGAAAUUUCUUAUCAGAUCAAUAAUAAAAUAAUUGAAUUAAGUAAUUCAAAAUGGUAUCAAGAAUGACGUAUUUACUACUGCUAGGAUGCUGUUUGGUAGUUGCAGAAAGUUCUAGUUUGGAUCUAGAUAAUGUUCAAAAUGUGCUUCUUCGAAAUAACGGAUCUUUUGAAAAUGACCUUGAACCAUGCAAUUUAAAUGGAAAAAAUAAUAAACUUUGCUUCUUCACAUCCAAGUCGGCACCUUACCAAAUAGCAGUAAUAAACUCAACAGCAAACACAGCUAUAGUGUUGGAUUGUAUGGGAAGAAAGGCAGUUGUGAUUAACGGUUCAAAAGGACAUGUUGUUAUAUUGAAUGGUUAUCUUAAUACGGGAACUUACAUAGAGAGUCCACCAGUUUCCACAGCAUCAUUAUUUGAAAUAAUCGCAAAUUACAAAGUGCAAGAAACUUAUAACAAUAAUACACAAAAUGUUUUCAAAUUUAACCGAGACAGCAGAGUAAAAACCUCAAGUAAGAACAUAGAGGUCGAACAACUUAUAUUAUACGUAUUUAAAACACUUGGAAAGACAUUUCAAAGUUAUGCCCAAACUACUAUAGGUUCAGGUCAAGUUGUUGCGGGUACCAUGAAGUUGUUUGAUGAAGCAGAACACUUGGUCAGAUUCAUGAUAUCCCGAUUCAUCGAUUUACAUACCGGCGGCUGGUUAGUGUUGAAAUCUGACGCGUUGGCUAUCUGGGAAGUCAUCAGAACUUUUAGUAUGUUUGCUACGAGGUGUGGAUUACGGAAAUUAACUUCUCUGAAUAUAAGAAUUCCUUUAGGAAAAAUGAUAGGAACGCUGAAUGGUUUGGAGUCCUUCAAUUUUAUCAUGUCCGAACUGGCCAGGAAAACUCAAUUGGUCAAUAUCAUAUCAUUUAUGGGUCAAUCUCCUAUAAUUAGUAUGCGAAUCAUAGCAGGUCUGGGUGGAAUGAGCCUGCAAGGUUCGUCAGGCGUAUUCACCAUCGUCUCUCAUAUUGUCGAACAACUUCUGAAAGACACCCUCAAAACAUCUGCUCAUGUUAACGAUAUCACUGACAUGGUUCUGUUGUUCUUCAGGGAACGAUCAAAAGCUCGUUUACCCGUAGGUCAAGAAAUCUAUGCAGGUACUGAGAGACUAAAAAAGCUUUUCACAGAGAAAAAUAAAAAAAAAAUUUUGACACCACUGAUAGAGAUGAUGGACAGCGUGCGAGGCCAAAAAACUUUAAAAAUUCGAAACGUCAAUGUGGCACAGGCCUUCAAAAUUCUCAGUGAUCCCAACGUGCCCGACGCUGUCACUAUGGCUUUCUCCAUCAUCAAGAUUUUCGCACCUUUGAAAAUUCCGAGACUGGUCAACAACGCUCUAGCUGGAGUGUAUUCAGGUAGCGUCCACAUGAUGACCAGGAGUGAAAAUCGUGUUUCUAUUGGAGAAUUACUACCUGGAACGUCCCUCACUCCUGAAGAUGGCGUAAUGCGGUCUUCUAUUCAACCUGUAUCGCUGCGAAACUUAUCCACAAUAGAAAUAAUUAAAAGUGUACCCCAGUUCCAAGCCGUGUUUGCGGUACUGGACAGAAAUGCUGUGAAUAGGUACAACAUGAGUUUAUACGACAAACUGAAGAAAGAUCGGCAGUUCAAAAACCAAAUCAAUGCAGCAAUGAGAAGGGCACUGGCUUGAAAACUAAUAAUCGUAGAUUUUGAACUUUGAUUACAUUGAUAUUAUUACCUUAAUUUAUAGAACAAAAUAAAUACAUCAUAUUAUUUCUUUUCUUUCAAUUGAAUAAAACCAAAUAAUUUUGUUUCUUCAAUAAAAUAAGUUAAAUCAA